AUGUUCCAGUCAUUCACAGGCAGCACUCGUCGACCGCGACAGGUGAACCUUUCUAGCCGGUCUUCAACAAAUCCGUUCGGAGCGCAUCCGCCAUCAAAUCGCCAUCCUCCCUCUGCCCGCGGGCCUCAAGCAACCCUCGCCAUCGCACAACGAGAACGUCUUCGGCGACAACAAGAGCGGGACCGAUUAAACGCCGGUCGUACUAUCCAGCGGGUAUGGAGGGGACAUAGAAGCCGAAAAGCUACACGCGAUACAUGGAGAACAUGGUGGGACGAAAAUGAGCGUGCGAGAAACCCGGGUUAUCAGUCACUUGGUGGAACUGCGGGGACGUGGUCAACCGCGCCUGUUCCAACAUAUGCCUCUGCUCCCGACUGUAUCAAGCAGCUUAGGCUCCUUUUGGCUUUUCUAGACUCGGGUAACCAGGAGGACGCUGCUCGACUGGGAUACUUUGCUCAGGCUUUCCAGAAAACCGUGGAAGAAACACCGUCGCUCCCUGGGGAAGAAGAAUGGACAGUACUUUUGUCUCGGCUUGGGACGACUACCCUACGCGUCAUAAUGGCAGCGCGACUCACGUCUCCUGCAUUUGCCGUAGCUGACCUGCUCCGUCUGCUAAUAUUCCUCACCAAACUCGUACCAAGGCUUAUGGCGCACAAGGCCCGCGAAUAUUUCCAGGCGAUGGCAAUCUUGACGGUAAAUCUUCGGACGAGGCCUGAAGACGUUAAUGUGACAAGGGAGCUGGUUAUCGAGGCUGUUCUCGCAAUCCUCCAACCCAUAAGCCCUGACACUCUAGAGGCUUACGAAUGGUUCGCCCGAACCUAUCUCACUAUUCCGUCUCUGUUCGAUUACCUGGGCUCCUUAACGGACCUUGCGGCUGGCGUAAACUACAAGCUUUUAGCAUCUAUUUUGGACUCUAGUAUUCUCCAUUCCGAGGAGUUUCUCAGCCCACACAACGUGUCUAGCCGCUUAUGGCUCCUUGCAUACUUUAUCUACUUCCACCGACAUGUCUUGGGUUCGAGAAUCACCGUACAAGCUCCAGAAGGUCUGUUCGUGAAGGGGGUGUCGUCCCUAUUAAGUUCUGUAGCGGCGGAAAUUCGACAAAGGAUCGAUAUAGGAGAAGAAGAAGAAGAAGAAGAAGAAGCAGGCGACGAUGAUGAAACCCGCACGGCGUCAAGCGCGCUGCCAUCUUUUGUACGGAAUGAGUUGUUGACUCUCGUUAAUCAGGGCAGCAUCACACAACUUUUAUCCCGAGCAGGGGUAGAUAAAGUACGCGGAAUGAAUGCUGAGGCGGAAGAUGAAGCAAAAAGUCUGGCCACAUAUGCUCUAACCCUACUAAGGAUAUUUCCUCGUCGCAGCGAUGAGAUUCGGAUGUGGCUAUACUUGGGAUCAGCGUCCGCCGCUGAACGGGGACUUGCAACGGAUUCACGAGUACCUGCUAUCAAGUAUUUCUGGAGUGCAACUAGGUCGACAAAGGUAUAUCGUAUUGCAAUUGAAAGUCCCCCUGAUAUCCUAGGGAUGCUAAAAGCUGGAUCCGGUAAUAAUGCCCAGCUUGAUUCAACUUGGCGAGGGCACGAACAGGAAUGGACCAUUAUUCUUCUUUUCCUUGAGCUUUACACCUUUCUUUUGAAGGUGCUGGACGACGAAGAAUUUUUCUCUGGUGGAUCGCCAAACGACUUUGCAGUCAAGACAGGUAUUUCGUGGACCAAGGAAAGUACUCUACCGCUUACAGACGUGAAGGACUUGACAAUUUUCCUGAAAAAUUUGGCCUUCACUUUAUACUGGAACGCAGCCGAGCUGGCCUCAAACGAUGCAGACUCGGAACGUGUUGGGAUACGCGACUAUUUUAAUAUCAAUUCUUUUUCUGCCGUACAGACACCAAAAACUUCGAAUUCGAAACCAAAGAAUAAGGAGCUCGGGGGAGUGACUGGAAUACCUCUGGAAUACUUCAAGGGAUUGGUAACCGGGCUAUUAAGGAUGGUCCAUGAGCGGGAUUCACGCCGAAAAUUUCUGCCUGAUGGCCAUUGGCUGAUGACGGAUCGAUUCGAUAUGGCUGGAUUUAUUUCCGCCGUCGUAGCCGAGGAAGAAAAUAGACACCAAUUGCAAGACGAUGGACAAUCAGACCUAGAGGACGAAGCUCUUGAAGACGGUGAUCUAGGCCACUCUCUUGGGCUAAUAGGCACCGGUCGAGCGCAACAACUACGGCGAACAGAGCUUCUAAGACAGAGACAACAUCGGGCGGCUCGUAAAAAGGAGUUGGAGGCGGUUGCUCCCCGACUGGAAAUUUUACGCAACAUGCCUUUUUUCAUUCCCUUCGAGACCAGAGUACAGAUUUUUAGAGAAUUUAUCUACAGGGACCAAAUACGGAGACGAAAGGGAAAUGUUGAUCCCGACUCAUGGCGCCUGUCUGUUGCUCAUAGCUCGAUGGGUCUCAACGAAGAUGGUCGUACGAUGGCGCACGAUAUACUGGCUAAACAUCAUGCAAAUAUAAGGCGUGAAAACCUGGUUGAAGACGCAUUUGAACAAUUUUACCCUCUAGGCGAAGGGUUGAAGGAACCUAUCCAGAUUACGUUCAUCGACAAAUUUGAUACAGUCGAGGCAGGUAUUGACGGCGGAGGGGUGACAAAGGAAUUCUUAACAAGCGUGAUAAGCGAUGCCUUUGAUCCUUCUGGCACUUUGAGUCUCUUCUCAGAAAAUGACCAGCAUUUGCUAUUUCCCAACCCAACGGCCGUGGAGCAGCGAAAAGCGUUGCUUCGUCAAGCAGGAGUCCCUGAGAGGAGUGUUGAAUGGAAUCAACAAAUUAGAGAAUUGCUGAAACGAUUUGAAUUCCUUGGCCGGAUUAUUGGAAAGUGUCUCUAUGAAGGCAUCUUGGUCGAUGUUAAUUUUGCGGGAUUCUUCCUCUUGAAAUGGGCAUUGACUGGAGGGUCGAGUUCUGCAUCCAAAGAAUCGGCGUAUCGUGCUAAUCUUAAUGACGUUCGGGAUCUGGACGAGAGUCUAUAUCAAGGCUUGUUGCAACUCAAGAAUUAUCCUGGCGAUGUGGAGGACUUUUCUCUCAAUUUUACUGUCACUGAUACCGUUACGGUUCCCGGCACUGGUAUAGAUGACCCAGAGAAGACGCAAAGCAUUACAAGAGAUCUCAAGCCAAACGGAUCCAAUAUCGCGGUAACGAAUCAAAAUCGACUGGUGUACAUUUCUUACAUUGCACGCCACCGACUUCAAGCCCAACCCUACCUGCAAACAAACGCCUUUCUGCAGGGCGUUGGCCAAAUUAUCCAGCCCUCGUGGCUUUCCAUGUUUAACCAAGGCGAGCUACAGAGACUAAUUGGCGGCGAUGCGGGAGAAGUAGAUGUUGCGGACCUUAGACGCAACACACUGUAUAGCGGCGUAUACUCCCUAGGCGAAGAUAUGGAGGAGCAUCUAACCGUCAAGCUAUUCUGGCAAGUCAUGGAGUCGAUGUCUAACGCAGACCGACAAAAAGUGUUAAAAUUCGUCACGUCAACUCCCCGCGCACCGCUUCUGGGAUUUAGCCAUUUGAAUCCGCGAUUCAGCAUCCGCGACUCCAGCUCUGAUGAAGAACGGCUGCCCAGCACGAGCACGUGUGCGAACCUUUUGAAACUGCCGCGUUAUACGAGCGCGAAGACCCUUGAGCAGAAACUUAUGUAUGCGAUCAACUCUGGGGCGGGAUUUGAUCUGAGUUGA